AUGCAAUGCAACGCAAUGCAGACGGAGGAUCGGCUGCCGAGCCUGGAGGAGCAGGGCGUGCGGCAGCUGUUCCCCUCCACCAAGAAUAUGAGUGAGAACUCACGCUGCACGCGGCGGCGUGUGUGCCGUGCCAUGUCGGCAUGUCACCUUUCCGUCACGUGCUCACAAUUUCUAGUCCCAUCGUGCUAUGUUGGUGUCAUGGUCUGUGCAAGCCGGGUCAUCAUGUCAUACGCACGUGCAGAGCCGAAAGCGCUGGUGCUGGGGCCGGCACACGUGCCGGUGGUGCAACUGCCAUGCCCAGGCCUCUCCUCCUCCCCUGCCUCGCCGCCGUGUGCUGGGCCUGCUGGUGCUGGAGCUGGCGGACGUGCAGGCGGAGCGACUAAGAUGCACUCAGGCCUCUCCUCCGCGCCUGCCUUGUCUUGUCCCCGCCCCGCAGACACGCGUGCAGAGCUGAAGGCACUGGGGCGGGAGCUGGGCCUGCUGGUGCUGGAGCUGGCGGACGUGCUGGUGGAGCGGCCAUCGCAGGCAGGGCGGUGUGUGGAGGACAUCUCGCUGCUCUUCACCAACCUGCACUUCCUCCUCAACUCGCUGCGCCCUCACCAGGCGCGGGCAACACUCACACACAUUCUCAAGACGCAGCUGGACAUGCGCAAGCAGUCGCUGCAAGGCAUCAAGGAGCAGCGAGCAGCGGUGUGGGAGGUGCUGAGGCUGGCGGUGGGAGAGGUGGAGGCCGCCACACGAGGGGAAGCUGGCGGUGGGGGCAGCAGCAAGGGCGGUGCAGAGGGGGUGGAGGUGGAGGGAGGGGGAGGCGGCAAGCAAUGA